UAGAAGAAGGAGGAGGGGGAGAAAAGAAGAGAGGGUCUCACUUCCGCCUUGGUGUCAGCGGGUCUUGUCGGGGGGCUUUUCCGCAAGUGCGCGUGCGCCGCGGGAGGCAGCCCCCGAGGAAGAGCGAGCGCGCGAGCCGGGUGCCAGGCGCAAAAUUCAGGCUUAUCAAAUGCUGUGAAUCAGCACUGUGGACUGUCUGCAGAUACAUGGUGUAAUCACUGUUGCAGUUAAAUUCAAUUAGACAGAUCACUGGGGGAAAAUAUUUUUAUGAAAAAGGUCUACCACAUCAAGAGCAGCUAUGCGUUAGAGGAAAGUAACCUGCUUGGGCAGAGAAAUAAACUACUACUUUAAAGGAUGAAUAGUGAAGAGGAAUUUUAUGAUGCCGUUACAGGCUUCGAUUCUGACAAUUCGUCGGGGGAAUUUUCAGAAGCGACUCAUAAAGGUGACGUGGAUAUCCACCAGACCAGUAGGACCGGGAGACACAAUGGAGAUGGGCAGGUGCAAGAGAACGGCAUCAAGAAACACAGAACGGCAUUACCUGCACCAAUGUUUACUAGGAGUGAUUUCAGCGUCUGGAGUAUCUUAAAAAAGUGCAUUGGACUGGAGCUGUCUAAAAUUACAAUGCCCAUUGCCUUCAAUGAGCCUUUGAGCUUUCUCCAGCGGAUAACAGAAUAUAUGGAACACACAUACCUCAUUAAUAAAGCAUAUAGUCACUCAAACCCUCUAGAAAGAAUGCAGGCCGUUGCUGCUUUUGCUGUUUCUGCUGUAGCUUCUCAGUGGGAGAGAACUGGCAAACCAUUUAACCCUCUCCUUGGAGAAACAUAUGAAUUAGUCAGGGAGGAUUUAGGUUUUAGGUUUAUUUCUGAACAGGUCAGUCAUCACCCACCUGUCAGCGCAUUUUAUUCUGAAGGCUUAAACCAGGAUUUUGUUUUUCAUGGAUCAAUUUACCCGAAGCUGAAGUUCUGGGGGAAAAGCGUGGAAGCAGAACCCCGGGGAACAAUAACGCUGGAGCUUUUAAAACACAACGAAGCUUACACAUGGACUAACCCUACCUGCUGUGUACAUAAUGUAAUUAUUGGCAAGCUCUGGAUAGAACAAUAUGGAACAGUAGAAAUUGUAAAUCACAGUACCGGGGAUAAAUGUAUCCUUAACUUCAAACCAUGUGGAUUGUUUGGUAAAGAGCUUCACAGAAUAGAGGGCUAUGUUCAAGACAAGAAUAAGAAGAAACUCUCAGUGAUCUAUGGCAAAUGGACAGAAUGCUUGUGGUGUAUCGAUCCUUCGACUUACGAAAGCUCCAAAAAGAAUGAAAGGCGAGGUGGCAGUGACCAGAAGAAACCCAAACCGAGCGAGGAUGCUGAAAACGAUGAAGUGGAUGAUAUGCCUGAGGUCCAAGAGACUGUGCAAGUCAUACCUGGCAGUAAACUGCUUUGGAGGAUAAGUUCAAGACCAUCCAAUUCGUCCCAGAUGUACAACUUUACCAGUUUUGCUGUCACUCUCAACGAGCUAGAAAAGGGCAUGGAAGAAAUAUUGGCUCCCACAGACUGUCGACUCCGGCCGGAUAUCAGGCACAUGGAGAACGGAGAGAUAGAUCUGGCUAGCAAAGAAAAAGAGAGGCUGGAAGAAAAACAGCGAGCCGCUCGUAAGGAACGUGCAAAAGGUGAAAUCGAAUGGAGGACAAGAUGGUUUUAUCACGGUACUAAUCCAUAUACUGGGACUCCUGACUGGUUAUACUCAGGCGGAUACUUUGACAGAAACUUCUUUGACUGUCCCGAUAUAUACUGAAAUCUUGAACGCCGUUGUCCCUUCGCCCAGAGUUGGUAGACUUCAGCUGAUGCCAGUGACUCUCUGGCUUGGUCAAGAGCAGAAACCGCCCUUUUCUAAAGUAAAUUUUAACGAAAUGAUCAGUCGCCGAUCAAGGAUUUGUCAUUUAAUUUUGACUGCCAAAAUAUUUAAGUGCUGUUAUUUUUUUCCAUAAAGUGACAGCCUGAAUUGAGUGUGUUUCAGAGGAAAGUGGUUUGCAUGGGUUGGAUUUUUAUUUUUGCUUUCCCCAUUAGUCAGUUUAUAUUUUAUUGUUUGUUUCUGGGCCAGAAUGAAAAUGCUGAACCCAGUGGCGCUUGCAGCACCUUAUUAAACUUUUAACUUAUUCAGUACAGAUGACCGCAACGUAACUUCUCAUAUUUCAGCAGUAAGGACACCUAGAAGUAUUCACAGCUUGGAGCAACGGUGGCAAAUUGGUACGAUCGAGAAACGAUGUGGUUAUCGGAGAGGGUAUCUAAUGAGAAUCGAAGUGACUGGGAUUCUUGGGAGUCUUCUAAAAGGAGUCUUAUCGUUUUAGCUCGACAAGUUUAGCAGAGAGCAUUAGGCUUAACUUGCAGUCUUGGAAACAUCUAACUUGGUUUUCACCUCCAUCUUUGGGCACCAUGUUUAUCAAUUAAGUGAAGCACCUGUGAUUUAAAAAAAAAAAAUUAAAGGCGCGACAACAGCAAACUACUACAUCAAACUUUGGGACAUGGUUUACAGGUGUUCACGACAAACACCUCCUUGUCUGAAGUUUCAGAAUGUAUGGCUUUUUUAAAACACAAAGGCUUUGGAGAUGCUCAUAGGAAUUUGGGUGUUUUGUGUGCGUGUGUUUGUGUGUCAUGUAAGAAACCACAUCUUUCUUUCUUUUCCUUUCUUUUUUGCUUUAGUCAUGAGAAGUCUGCAGCGCUGCUUCCAGCAGGCUGGCACUAUUCAGGACUUAUCCAUAAACACACACUCCUUUGUCCUCCUUUGUAUUCACUCUGAAUCUUAAUCUGUGAAAAGCUGUCACGUUUGGUUGUGGAUAUUUCAGUGUGUGUUCAGAAGCAUUUACUGGGUCAUGACAGAUAGUACUGUCCUGAGAAGCAGUUUCCCUCCACUACCUUCUAGCUAAAAUUGAGUGACCUGACUGAGGCUUUCAUUGAAUUUACAAGAGGUAUAAUUUCCUUGAGCGUGAGCUUAUUUUUGUGGACUUAAAAAAACAUAUCAAAGCCAUAUGAUCCCUGAUCUGUGGUGAAUUUUGAAAGAGAAGUAUCCCCUCCCCCCAUCGUCACCUAUACAUUUCUAGAAGGCAGGUGAAUUUUACGGGCAAUACAUGAAGGUCUGAAAAUAAAGUUUAGGUUGGUAGUUCAGGCAGUUUGAAAAUAAGAAAUUACUGAUGGUUUUCUUGACUGUAAUCCCAUCAUAUUCUGUGGGGCUAUACCAGUGUGUGGUGGUUAAGAAUUUGUCCCUUGUGUGUUUAGAAACAUCUGCAUCAGCUGAUGAGUUUGAUUUCCACACGUUUUGAAGUUUCAAGCUUGCAAACUUCAACCAAAGACUAGAGAUGCUGGAACUGCAUCUAAAGGAGAGAAGCUUAAGUGACCUCUGUGGGGAUGUAGGUGCUGGUGUUUUUAUACCCAUGCCUAUGGAGCAGGAAAAUUUGACUGCAACAUUUUAGUCACAUCUUCUUAGAUUUUCCAGCAAAGAAACUUAUGCUGAGAACAUUCAAGGCAAUAAAAAGACACUACAGACUGAGAGAACCAUUUUUGGCUAGCAUGCUGUUUUGUCACUCUUAACUCGAUAUUGUCCUUGGAUAUUGUCUUCCAAGCACUGUGUUUCUGAAAAAGUUGUAAGUCCCCCAUUCAUUUCAGCAGGGCUCAGAAGUGAUUGAUGAACACCAUCUCUCCAUAAGAAGAGCCCUGCUGGAUCAGUGGUCUGUCUAGUCCAGAGCGGUAGUCCGUCUAGUCCAGCAUCCUGUCUCAUAAAGUGGCUGACUAGUUAUUCCGGAGGGCCAACCAACAGGGCAUAGAGGCCAAGGCCUUCCCUGAUGUUUCCUCCUGACACUGGGACUGAGAGGUUUACUACCUCUGAAUGUGGAAGUUCAUAAAGUCACUAACAGCACUGAGCUACUGUCCACUGUGUUUUACGUUUUCCCCCUUCCAUCCUUCAAUGAACAAAUGUCAUAAAUCCGCACAUUAAUAUAUGUCAACAGUGGAAGUUCCCAGUGACACUCCCCUCCCACAAUGAAUCACUGUUGAAAAGCCACACAUAUAAAUAUAUGUAGAUAAGCUUCUUACCAGAAAUAAAAACGAUGCACAGCAAGGCCCCUGUCACAAGCAUAUAAUUUACCGACAAAUGCCUUGAUCCAGAGAGGAGCAGAUUUUAUUCCCCGUCGCGUUCCUGUACCAGAUAAGCCACUUGGCCAGAGGAAGGAAUGAGAAGACCGUGCCGAGUGGCUCUUCCUUCCCAGGGAAAGUGAAAUGGUGGCAGGGUUGGGAGCGCUGUCGUUUGCAGAUCUUCAAGCUUGGGCAACAACUAUCUUCUCAAUCCCGAUCUUUGCAUUGGGGGGGGGGGGUACUCUGAGGUCCCAUUGCAGCAAUUUGUUGAAGUUACGGGUUCAGAAGCCCUGACCUGGAUGGCCCAGGCUAGCCUGAUCUCGUCAGAUCUCGGAAGCUA